GUGAACAUGUGACUUUUGGUAGCCAAUGAGAUGAAAGUCUCCAGUACAAAAUUCUCAGUGGUUUGGUCUCUAAAUUCUUUCAAACACCUCCACCCAAGUAUCAUGUCAUUUUUGAGGAUGGCUCCACUCUGGAUUCUUGUUUUAUUUCUCGACAUAUUUCCAGGCCAUGCUGUGGAUUUUAACCGAUCUUCAUUUGUCUCUGUGAAGUCUGGAGAACGUGUUACUCUGAACUGCACAUUUCGUGGUAAACACAGUAAAGAUCUUAUUGUUUUGUACAAGCAACAAUUUGGAGAGAUGCCUAGGGAAGUGGGAACAAUGACAGCACAUAAAGACGUCCAAACUUCAACUGUGUCCAGCUCAGGAUUCAAAGUAGAGGAGAUUAUGAAUGGCAUUUCUUUAACAAUUCUACGAACAAAAAAAGCUGAUGGAGGACUGUAUUUCUGUGGAAUAUAUACCUGGGGCAAAUUUGAAUUUUCCAGUGGAACAUUCGUAGCUGUGACAGAUGAGAAAGAUGUAAAAGUGUCAGUGUUGCAGAGCAUCGUGUUGGACUCGGUUCCUGCAGGAGCGUCAGUGACUCUGCAGUGCUCGGUUCUCUCUGAGAGCAGAGCAGCAGAUCUCCAAGUGCUCUGGUUCAGAGCUGCUCCAUCACAAUCCCAUCCUCAAAUCAUUUACACUCAUCACAACAGCAGGCAUCAGUGUGAAAGCAGAUCUUCUACACACACCUGUGUGUACAACUUCUCCAAGAACAUCAGCCUCAAUGAUACUGGCACUUACUACUGCGCUGUGGCCGUGUGUGGGAAGAUCAUUUUUGGGAACGGGACACGAGUACAGUUGGCUAUGAACACAUUCACUGACCAGCAUUUAAGACUGUGA